AUUUGUAGGUUGUAGACCAAGAGACGGCAGAACUUCUCAAUACUGAAGCUACACCACUGAAUCUUAUAUUAAUCAUAGAGGAAGAGCGACGAGAAUAUACCAGUGACGACACAAACAUAGAAAUCGCACGCCUUAAAAGAAAUGCAUAGUCAAAAUCCACAUCUAAAAGACCUUACCGAAGACAUGAAUCAUGCUCUUUCAAACCAUGUCGCAGGAACAAACCAACUCCAUCAAGUCAAGGAAAUAAAAUUAUCUAUCUUCACUGGACCAUGAAAAACAGAGAUCUAUAAAAAUUGGUUGGUUUUGAGCUUUCAUAGAUGACUCAAAGAAACAACCAGACUGAAGGCCUUCACACAAAUCUCAAAAAAAAUUCGAACACCUUGAACUGAAUGCGCCACCUCCCUCGAAUUUCCUCCACAGUGAACAUAACUACGGAAAAUUGUGCCAGUAGUAACACACCUUGAUGCAGAGCCAGGCUCAUGUUGGGAUGCUUUGGUCUUAGACCAAGAUGAAGACAACCAAAAACAAAAGAAAUGAGCACAAGCAGGAAGAGAAAAGGACACACAAUUAGAGAUAAAACAUGAAGAAACAAGCUCGAGAGGCCACCAUCGAAUCGCCUAAACCCGCUUCAUCAAAUUUGAUGAAAGAAGUAGCCAACCACACCAGACCGGCAUAACCUGCACCGCGCACCAGAAAACAGAUUUGAAACCAGUGAAGCAUCUCAGGCUAAACAUCAGAACCAUAUCUCUACAAACAUACCUCCAAAUGCAUUGAUCGCCUCUGUUCAGCACAUUCGACCAAAGAAUAGACAGUAAAGACCCUGUCACGACAUCGACGAGGCUUAACGAAUGCCAGAGAGGAUAGACACAAGGAUCUCUUUUUCUUUCCUUCGACAAGGGCGCUAGGGUUUUGCAUAAAGGAAAAAGUUAAAGUUUCAGGGACAAAAGUAAAUAGUUUAUUCUUUAUAUAUGAUAAUGACUUUAUUAAUGUAAUUUCACGGUCUGAAAGACUAAUUUAAUCGUAGCCUAGUGAUUAAAGUUUAAAUGCUUCUACAUCCAGGUACGGGGUUCGAAUCAUAUGUUAUGCAAUUUCUUAUAGAUUGUAUAUUAUAGGAGGUCCAAGUUUCAAUUUCCAGAGAAAAUGAUUUAUUAAAAAAUUAUGUAGAUCUUUAUAGGACAGGUCAGGUGCAUGUGCAGUUAGGCGUAUAUCCUCAUAAGACAUGUAGUAUUGUCAGUUGCCAAAUCGUCUAUAUAAUUUUUUUUAUAAUUGUAAUAUCAUAAUAAAUCAACCUUAAAAAAAGAAAGACUAAUUCAAUCGAUGUACCGUACACUUCUUAAGUAUGUUUUUAAUUGGUAAUUCGUAGAAAUUUUGGCAAUUUGUACAUAAAUAAGCAGUUAAUACGGUCUAUUGUCAGUUUUGAAUGGAUCAAUGUCUCCGGAUCCAAAAAGUCUUCUUAUUUUCAGCCUCUUAUAAAUAUCAUAAGAUAAUUUAUCUCAUGAGUGUAACAAUUCCUUAGUUCGUUUGUUGAAUUCUUCUUAAACUAAAAAAACAGUUUAGGUUAGUUACUUAGUUCUCAAUAUUCUUGCAUGUAUUGCUGUUGCACUCUUCAUUCUGUUUCCUAUACUGCUUUUGUUUUGUUUACUUUAUUUCACCUGCUUCGAUUAAAUUUGAUACUGAUUGACCUGAAAGACUACGGAAAAGUGUAUGUUUCCACCUAUUUUUCCAUUUUCAAACCAAAAAUCUCUGCAUUUGUAAAUAGUAAAUACUGACUAAUAGUUAUGCCUAAGCCAACAAAGAGUUCGUACAAUGAAUUUAUAAUAUGUCGUUUGAAAACACAUAAGUAUACCUUUUUCUGCUGUAACUUUAAUUUUUAGUAGCCUGAGGUCUAUUCUCAAAAAGUGAAAAUCAGAUUAAUUUACACAAAAUGGUUUCUCCGUUUGUUUUUAAUAAAUUCCUGCAAUAACUUUUUCAAAGAAAAAUAAAUGUUUGUAAAGAUGAUAUAUGUAAUAUGUAAAUACCAAAUAUCUAAUCUGUAGUACAUUUCAUUUUAUUAGUUCUUCACCGUUUAAUGCUAAAUUAGUUUGAUUACUAAUUGGCGAUGUUAUAGGAAGAAGACAAAAAAUGGGAGGAGGGGCGAGGGGGACCCCAGACAGCGAGAUCUUCAGCAUUUCUGGCCCCUCACAUCUUACCUCUAUUGAUUGGACUGACUCGUACCAUCGAACUUCAGUGGCAGCAAGUUUGGUAAAAGGAGUUUACACAUUGGAACGGGACAGGCAAGAGAAACUGAUAGGUUCGAAAUCAAGAGCCAAGCCUUGGUGGGACUUUUUCCACUUCACUUUACUCGAAAUCUUAAUCGACCAACAAGAGGACUGCAUAUACGGUGCAGUUUUCGAAUACGCGCUAUUCAAUCUUUACCAAAAUGCCCCUGGUGUGAAAUUACCUCCGCGUUAUGUGAUUGCGUUCCGUGGUACGAACCUAGGAGCCGAAACCUUGGUGGGUGAUGUGAAACUUGACCUCCGAUGCGGCUUUAACACCCUCCAUAGAGCCGCCAGGCUUGAGCACGCUAUAGAAGCAAUCAAAACUAUGGUGGUCAAAUACCGGGAACCAGCUAUGUGGCUCGUUGGACACUCUUUGGGAGCCGGACUAGCCUUGGUGGCUGGAAAGUCCAUGGUAAAAGAUGGCACCCUCCUCGAGGCUCACAUAUUUAACCCGCCUAUCUCGUCUAUUCCUUUAGAGAAGCUACUUCGGAGCAAGAGGCUUAAAGGUAUGUGUCGGAUCGCCGGGAGUGUCGUCAAAGCCACCCUAGCCAUGGUCUUGAAGGAUCUUCAGGUUCAAGAAGACGAUCCAAAGAUAGCAUCGUGGAUACCUUAUUUAUAUGUGAACGCAGAAGAUCCAAUUUGUUCAGAAUACAUUGGUUACUUCAAACACAAAACCGUCAUGUAUAUGAUCGGUGCGAGCAAAAUCGAGAGAAUCGGUUCGAGAAGCUCACUUAGGAGGAGUCUAUGGGUCGGAAAAAGAGGAACAUCAUCAUCGUCGGAUUUGUCAACUGAACCUAUUCACCUUCUUCCAUCAGCCAAUAUGACGGUAAACAGGAACAAACCGACUAAGUCUAAGUCAGCUCACGGGCUUCACCAAUGGUGGGAGCAAGACUCGGCCCUGAGGGCAAAUUGGGAAAUCUGCUGCGUUAGGCCCUGCUCUGAAGAAAAAUCGGUAAAACUGUUGAAUUAGUCUCUGUAUUGGGUUUUAAAUGGCUCGACGACUAGUAUAUCUACCCCGAACUCAGAACCCUUUAUCUAUCUUUGUACAUUUUGUCUUCUUCUUUUUUCCAUUUCAUAUGUCUUUCUUUCUCAUGUCUUGUUUUUAAUGUGUUUGAAUAUUUGUCCAUGUAAUUGUUAAUAAUUGUUUUCUUGAAUCUAUACUUAUGUCUACAGAACAAAUUAAAGAUAAUAUAAUGCUACAUUCGUAUGAUAAGUAAUUAAUCAAAACAUACCAUUUAGCCAUCGCUGUCAAGGGUUGCCACCAUCACAACAAUGUAUCCUAUCCAUUUUAAAUUAAAUGUAAUGUGCAGCUCAUUAGUUUGUUUUAGUGCCGUGUCAUAAUCGAGAUCCAACCCCUUAUAGUGCAUGCAUGUUGCUGACAUUUCUUACUAGUAUGUCUUAGUGCCUUGUGUUACAAUCCAGAUUCUACCGUUGUAAUGCAUCCACACUGGCAUUAGAUAAGAAACAACGAAAUAGAGGAUGUAUAUAGUUCACUUUUUAUAUAUAUUUUUGCAAUGGGAAGAAAGCUCUUCUGAACAUUAUUCAUCUUGCCGAUUAUAUUUUAUUUCUAUUUGAUUUACAGAAAUAAAAUCAAAACUAGACUUCAUCCGUGCAUGCAGGUGUUAUUUUAAUUUGAUUUAUAUAACGUUUAUAAUUGUUUUCAGUUACACAUUUCUAUAUGUUUGACCUUGUUCAUAAUGUAUUGUUGUUAGAUUUAUAAAUACU